GAGGUUAGAUUUUGUUUAGUUCUGGCCGUGAAAAGUAGAAUUUAUCACUUUUUUAAACGUUUUGUGAUAAAGAUAGAGGUGAUACGAACAAAUUUGGGCCUUUCCCGGUCGUGCAAACCGUGGAAAACUGCAGGCCAGAUCCACGACGUGACGCGGCUGAAACCACGAAAAUGUGGGUCGACGACGACGACGAAAUUUGUGUUUCAGUUUUUGUGAAUUAAACUUGCGAGUUCUUGGUUAACGGAAACGGGACCGGAGGGAGAAACCGGAUGAAAGUGCGAUGGACUACGUUUACAUGACGGCGGGCGGCGGAGAUCCGGGCUCGAGGGGUCCGGAGGAGAUCAUCACGCUAACGAUGUACGAUAAUGAUCCGACAGCGGUGGCCGUGGCGGAGUACAGCUCGUUCAACAUCGGUUCCUCGGAAGCGGAGUUUAUGGAGCAUGCGAUGGUAUUGGCGGAUGGUGGCGAUCGGUUCGGUGUGUCCACCGUUUGUUUUGACGCGCAGGAGGAGCUGAUCUGGAUGGGCAAUCAGGGUGGCCACGUCACCUCGUACUACGGUGGCUCGAUGCAGAAGUACACCUCGUUCCAGGUGCACGCCAACGAGGUGGUCCGGCAAAUCGCCACGAUCGAACCGGGCAUCCUGGCGCUUACCCCAACCACCCUACGGCAUCAGAUCCGUCGCGGCAUACCGAAGUUUACGUUUCGAUCCGACCGGAUGGUCGAUAUGGUGUGCAUGAUCGAGCACGCUCCAGCACGUCUGCUGCUCGGUGGUCAUCAGAGCGAUCUGAUCGAGUUCGACAUCGGCACGGCCAGCGAACUGUCGGGUGUGCAGGCCGGUCCAAAUGGAUGUGCGAUCUUGCGACGCCACUCGCGUUACCUCUGUGCCGGUGACGCUUUCGGCACGAUUGCGCUGCGUGAUCCAAACUCGCUGUCCCUGGAGCACGAGCUGCACACGCAUUCGGCCAGUCUGUCCGAUUUCGACGUACAGGGCAACUAUCUCAUCUCGUGUGGAUUCAGCGGUCGCCAGGGUAACCUGACCAUCGAUCGCUUCCUGAUGGUGUACGAUUUGAGGAUGUUACGGCUCGUAUCCCCGAUACAGCUGCUCGUCGAACCGCAGCUGCUGCGUUUCCUGCCAUCGCACUGUUCCCGACUAGCGGUGGUAUCGCCCGAGGGCCAACUGCAGCUGGUCGAUACGGUCGAGCUGAGUGAACCACGCGUCUGUAUGUUCCAGAUCAACACAUCCGGUUCACAGUGCCUGUCGUUCGAUAUUUGCUCCUCGAGUCAGGCCAUGGUGUUCGGGGAUCAAUCCGGCCACAUCAAUCUUAUUUCGGCCGUCAAGAUUAACACACCAACGCUGGCAUUUAAUCCGUACUCACGCGAUACAGAGUUUGCUGAUACACCGAUCGAAUCGCAGCAACCACCGUUUGUACCGCUCACCGAUACCAACUUUCCGCUUUCGUCGAUUCUGCUGCCACAUCUAGUAACCGGUGAUCGGUGGUUAAGCGAUUGGCCUGCUUUGAUGAAUGCAUACGAACACCGGAGACUGAAGCCAAUCGAUCCGCAGAUUCUGUCCACGAUGAAGAUGCAAGGCCCGAUCGGUUAUGCACCGAACCCACGUACUGGUCUUCGCAAUCAGAUACCGUACCUAAUGGAGGGCGGAACUGGUGCUGGCAGUAUGGGCACUGGUAACGGCUCCAAUGUCAACAACUCGUCGCAUCACGCAUCCUCGGCUAAAGGCGGUGGUCUCGGUGGUGCAUCGGGUGGUGGACCUGGUAGCGGUACUGGAGAUCAGCAGGGUAUGCGUAUCGUACCGCGCCGGUACCGUAAGGUAGAGGUUAAGUACAGUAAGCUCGGUUGCCAGGAUUUCGACUUCGAGCAGUACAACCAGACGGGAUUCGUUGGGCUUGAGGCAAGCCUCCCGAAUGCUUACUGUAACGCGAUGCUGCAGGUGCUGUACUUCAUCAUGCCGCUCCGCAAAGCGAUCCUAUCGCACUGCUGCUCGAAGGAAUUUUGUCUUUCGUGUGAACUCGGUUUUCUGUUUCACAUGCUGGACGUCGGUAGCUCGAGCUCACCGUGUCAGGCUAGUAACUUUCUGCGCUCGUUCCGUACCGUCCCGGAAGCAGCUGCACUCGGGUUAAUCCUUUCGUCCGAUCGUGCUUCGAAUACGGCGAACAUAAAUUUGAUCAGCUUGAUACAGAACUGGAAUCGAUUCGUGUUGCACCAGAUACACUACGAACUGCUCGAGGCGAUGAAGAACAACGAAACGAUGCACUUCUACGAGCAUCCACAACACCAUCAGCCCAUCGGACAGCACUCGUUCGACCAACAGCAGCUGGACAGUGUGCAAAAGUUUCAGAUUCUUAACCUUGGCAAUGGUGCUAAGGUAUCUUCGGGACAGCAGCAGCAACAACCAACGGGUAGUAGCACCGCAAAGGAUGAAACAGACAUUAGCCGUCUGUUCGGCACGCAGCAGCAAACGACUCACCGUUGUCUGAAAUGUAACACAAUCCGGGUGAAGGAUAACGUGCUACUGGUCUGUAAUCUGCUGUAUCCGACGAGCACCACCAACAAUGUCGAGGGAACGUUCGGUACGAUCUUGAAACACUCGCUUGGCGUAGAGAAAACCACUCCAGCCUGGUGCGAGACGUGCAACAAGUUUACACCAACGAACCAGAAAUCCCGUGUGACUGAUUUGCCCUCCAUCCUUUCCAUCAAUUGCGGGCUGGACAAUGAAAAGGAGCUCGAGUAUCUGAGGCGUCAAAUGGCUCGCGGUACGGCACAAGGAACGGCGCAAACUCAACAGCAACAGCAGCCAGCUGGAGCUGGGUCACCAGGAGAUCAAUCCGGAACCGGGGGAACUGCCGUUUCGUUCAACGGAUCUAGCACAAGUACCAAGAUGUGUCGUUACGGGACGAACUGCUCACGAGUCGACUGUCACUUUGCACAUCCACGCAAAUCCUCACCAUGCGUCAUAUCAGCAGCCCCGGCCGGAGGGGCGGCAGCCACGCAUGGCAUGCAAAAGUCCUGGUUCCCGCUGAGCUUCCAGAUGCUGCUCGAUGAGGAACGAAAUCUAGAGAUUAGCUCGCUCAGAACGGCUUCGAAUGGGGAAGCGGCGGUGGUAGCCGAAACGAAGGUCACUCAAGGAGAACCCGCAUCGUCAUCAAUAGCAGCAACAGGUGUUUCAGAUGCUUCGACAACCGAAGAAACACCGGAUGAUGAGCCGAAACCAUCUAGUGAUGCAGCAGCACCAGCACCAUCUUCGGACGUGGAAAAGAUUAGCAAAACCUUCAAUUUAUCCGCCGUGGUUUGCUACAUCAACGAUGGGUCCGCUCGCAAUCUGGUGUCACUCAUUCACGUACCAGGCAGCUAUCAUGAGCUGAAACAAUCGAGCGAUCCUACAUCGGGCUCGGCCGCUACUGGUAGUUGGUACAUUUUCAACGAUUUUAGCAUCUCACCGGUUACGGUACAGGAAGCGGUAUGGUUCACGCUCGACUGGAAGGUGCCCUGUGCACUGUUCUAUACCAGCGCCAGCUCAGUCCGUGCACAAGCGAUCGAUGGAGAGGUCGAGUGUGAACGCUUGACGCAGUACGUGAAUCCCUUCUCCACCGAUCUGUUCGUUGAGGAUCCAUCCUUUAUCGGCACUGGUGGCGAUGGUGUUGGGGAUGGUGAACCUUCGUCGCAGCGUGAGGCUGAUGAGUUAUCGGAAGGCUUUAAACCGUUGGCAAGGAAUGAAAUCUUUAGCGCAGGCGAUCUGGUCGCGAUGGAUGCCGAGUUUGUGACGCUGAAUCCGGAGGAAAGUGAAAUCCGUUCCGAUGGAAAGAUGUCGACAGUGAAACCGAGCCAUAUGAGCGUAGCCCGCAUCACGUGCAUCCGAGGACAGGGCGAGGAUGAGGGUGUCCCGUUCAUGGAUGAUUACAUCUCGACGCAGGAACAGGUGGUCGACUAUCUGACCAAGUUUUCCGGCAUCAAACCGGGUGAUUUGGAUGCAAAUUUUAGCAAAAAGCGGCUGACGACGCUCAAGAACUCAUACCAGAAGCUGCGGUACCUGGUCGACAGUGGCGUCGUGUUUGUUGGCCACGGGCUACAGAAUGAUUUUCGCGUCAUCAAUAUCAUCGUACCACCGGAGCAGAUCGUCGAUACGGUGCACCUGUUCCAUCUGCCGCACCAUCGGAUGGUUUCGCUGCGCUUCCUCGCCUGGCAUUUUCUCGGCAUCAAGAUACAGUCGGAAACGCACGAUUCCGUCGAGGACGCUCGGACAGCACUACAGCUGUACAAGCAUUACCUGCGGCUACAGGAAAAGGAUGAGUUUUCUCGGGCGCUCUCGACGUUGUACGAGAAGGGCAAGAAGCUGCAGUGGAAGGUACCGGAUUAGUGGCCAGAGAGGAGCGGGUUUUCGUAUUUUCGUUUUAUUUUUCUUUAUCAUCAUUACACAUCAUUGUUCACGAAGCACGGGUGAACACCAUGCCUGGUAGCUGUUCGCCAGAAAGUUUCAUUCGCUUAUAUGUUCCCAUUUUUCGUCCCAUUUUGUUUGUUCUCUUGUUGUCGGAGCUCCCGAUCAAGAACCAUCUGUGUACAAAAGAGACCGUAAACUCCCUUCGAGAGGGGACACGUGGUGCUCCACGGUGCGAUGAUAUGAACAUUGUAAGAUAGUUUUUUAAUUAAAUACAUAAAAUGACUUGAUUUAGUAUCACAACUA